AUGGAGUUCGACACCAAGACCCGCAAAUCCGUCACCAGCGACCCCCUCUCCUUUGCCAGCGAAUCUGUUCGCAAGAGGUGGCCUGUCAUUCUGACCGGUACUGUCGACGACAUCUACAAGACCAUUUCCCAGACCGAAGACGCCGAGAAGCAGGCAGAAGGCAAGCGCAUUGUCGAACAGCUUGGCGCUCUCAAAUAUGAGGUUGAGCACAACCGACCCCUCACCCCCAUCGUUGACGAUGGCUUCACCGACGAGGUCGCCGAGUACAACAAAGAGGUGGCCGCUCUCGGCAACCCGCCCAGCUGGCACGACGUCCCCUGGCUGUUUUCCGAAUGCUACAUGUACCGCCGCAUAAGCACAUUCUUCUCUACCACCAAGCACUGGAAGGACUAUGACCUCUUUUACCGCCAAAAGAUGGACACCUUCCGCACCUCGCGCAACGCCGUCCUCGAGCUCGCCGCCCGCUACAAGGAGUUCGUCACCGAGCUGCAAAAGGACAAGGAAGCCACCCACAACGCCGACGUCGAGAAGGCGCUCUUCACCGAAAUGUUCGAGGUCUGCCUCUGGGGCAACGCCACCGACCUCUCUCUUCUCACCAACAUGACAUACGAGGACAUCCAGAAGAUGCAGGGCAGCGCCGCUCGUAAGGCUGCGGAGAAGAACAUCAUCGCCAACGACCUGCCGCAGGUCUACGACUCGCUCCGCCAGGCCCGUGCUGACGGCAAGGAGGAGCGCCGCGUCGACUUUGUCCUCGACAACGCCGGCUUCGAGCUCUGGGUCGACCUCGUCCUUGGCGGCUUCCUGCUCGCGUCCGGCCUGGCUACGCAGAUUGUGCUGCGUCCCAAGUCCAUCCCCUGGUUCGUCUCGGACGUGCUGCCGGCGGACUUCAGCGGUCUCCUCAACGCUAUCCAGGACCCGCGUGCCUUCUUCGAGACACCGUCGGAGGAUGACAAGGUUCAGGGCAAAACGCCCGCGCCACUGUCUGACAAGGAGGUCGAGGACCUUGCCUUUGUCUUCAAGCACUGGACCGAGGCCCAUGCCGAGGGCCAGCUCGUCAUGCGCCCCGACCGCUACUGGACGGCUGGCGGUAGUUUCUGGCGCCUGCCGCACCAGAGACCGGAUCUGCUCGAGGACCUCAAGCAGGCCGAGCUGGUCAUCUUCAAGGGCGAUCUCAACUACCGCAAGCUGACUGGCGAUGCUUGGUGGGACCCUACCACGCCAUACACCGAGGCCCUCGGCCCCAUGGGCCCGGCUUCGGGCGCCAACGUCAUGUCCCUCCGCACUGUCAAGGCCGAUGUCGUCGUCGGCCUGCCCGCCGGCAAGGACGAGGAGCUGAAGGCCACGCCCAACGGCGGCGGCGAUACCGGUGCCCGCAAAUGGGGCUGGCACGGCAAGUGGGCUGUCGUAUCCUUUUCCAAGGGUCACUAA